AUUUUCUAUAUAUAAUAAUAAUAAUAAUAAUAAAAUGAAGGUUACAUGGAUCAUCAUCGGUCUUUUAAGCAUUGUGAAUGCUUCAUCGGCUCAAUCCAUUGGAGGUCAACCACCAGCAGCAGCAGCAUCACCCACUGGUCCUACUAGUAGCAAUAACAAUCCAUCUACACCAUCAGCAUCACCAUCCACUACUGGUUCUCCUGUAACAGAACAACCAACAACUUCACCUCAAGGUCCUGUUUUAUGUUCAGAUCAAACUGUAUUCGAACUUUGUUUGAAGAAUCAAGAUAAUUAUAUCAAAGGAUGUCGAUCUGAAGAAUAUGCAUGUCUUUGCAGGUGGCAUUCUAGUAAACUAUCAUGUUAUGAUAAUUGUCCUCAAGACGCUGGCAAAUUGGAACAAAGUAGAACCGUCAAAGAUGUUUGUUCUCAACCUGGUGCUAAUGUGACUUUACCUGCUCAAAGUUGGACACCUCCUACUAGUUCUUUGUUACCCACUGCUACAGGAAUGGCUCCUACUUCCGUAUCUUCCGCCACCAACAAUAAUCAAAAAAGUGGCGCCAAUCAACUUAUGCCUGUCGUUGUACCCUCUCAUCGUAACGAUAUGUGUUUCUUGGCCAUUGCCUUGGUGAUAGUGGGUUGGAUGUUUUGAUCUUUACAAUAAUGGAUAGUGCAUAAUAUUAGUUAUCAUUUCUUUUUUUUUUUUUUUU